UGCGAGGCGUUCGCGGUUAGCACGCGCAAACCGCAGGGUGACAUAAGCUACGCGCGCGAAUCGAUUGCGCUGAGAGCAACUCAUCGGUUUCGCGCUGAUCUGUAGUAGUUGCACACGGUUGUUGGGAGCGUUCGGAAGCUGUUUAUUCCGGCAACGGAGUACGAAUUCGUUGUCUUAAAACAAACCCAAAUUUUCCUGGAAAGUUCUGCGGUAGUGUUGUUCCGGUUGCGCGUCUCCGGGAGUGCUCUUGUUAUUUGCUGCGGUUUGCAAAACGAUUUGAGUACAGGUUUUGUUUCGCGGUCACAAUGGCGCAACCGUUGGUCAGUUCUUGCUGUCGGUGCUACACGCUCCGCAGCGGCUCUAUUGCAACUGGCAUCCUAGGCAUCCUGCUGUCGAUCAUUUCAAUCAUCAUGAUCUUCACUCUGCGGAUCGACUUCAAGACCAUCCUAAUGGACUGGUUACCGCAAAACGUGGUAAAAAUAAUCUACGCCCUUAAUCUCGUCAUGACCAUCCUGAUUUCGCUGCUGAUGAUCAUGGGUGUGAUGAAGAAAAAUCACUUUUUCAUGAUGCCGUGGGUCGUGCUGGGUCUGAUGCUGGCGAUCGGAGUGCUGAUUAGUGUGAUCUACAAUGCGGUGGUGCACUUCAUCGAGGGUUACGUGUUGACCGGGUCGCUAUGGAUAGUCGUGGGGUUGCUUGCCGUCGUGUUUUAUGUUUACUUGUGGAUCGUGGUGUACAGCUACUUUGUGUCGCUGAAGAAUGAAAACGAUCGGGGAAGGUACUCGAAACAACCGUACCGACGGUAAGGGGACCUGAUCACGCCAGUGCUACAUCACAAAUGCUCCCUACUUUCGUGCCUGCCAUGUUAUUUACAGCUGUACUUUUAUCGUAACAAUAAUAAUAGUAAAAAAUGAUAUAAUUUUCGUAACACCAUCUUAGGUUUGUAGAAUGUUAGUAACCACUCCGAACAGAUGUUCGGGUGUAAUUCUACAGCAAAACGCAGGUAGUAUCAAACAAUGCCAGAGAGCAAGCGUACCAAUGAACGCGCGGGAAACAAAUAUGGUCAAGCAAACGAAUAUUGGUGACUCUUGUAGCGCAGAGCUUGGGCGACACAGGCAGAACUAACUUAUUUACUUACACAUACCAUUUGAUUCUCGUUUGACUGAAGGCUCUAAAUGUACUCAUCAUUA